AUGGUCCAGUAUCUGGAAAAAAUACGCGUUGUCGUCAAAUUCGGGAGCUCAUCAGUGGGUCUCUGGAACAUGAGACACUCUAAAAAAAGACUCUCUGGUCGGACUAAAAUCUGCGUGCCUAGCGACCAGGAUACAGAAAUCCUGUUGCUCGCAGCUGGAGCUGUCCAUGCUGUCCCUGCCUCUGUCAUUGGCUCGCAGCCACAGACAUUGGACGCCAGAAAAGCAAACUGCGCUCGAUGUGGUGAAUUUAACAUACCUUGUCGUCCAGAGCAUUGUGUUCACGUUGAUUACGUCGGGCUGGGUUGCCGCGCAGAGUUUCAAUGUUGGGAUGAAAUUUAA